AUGGUGAUACCCUUCCCUUCGUACGGUUUUCAACUCGCCACUUCUCCUACAGCAGGUAACAGUGUAUCAACACCGACAAAAGCGGCUGACUUAAGCAAACCGAUAAUUUUUGCAACGUCCGGUUUGGGGGGAUGUCUCGGUUGGGCCUUUGUCCAUCCCGCCAACACGUUGGCCGUCCGCAUGAACCUGGCUUCCAUGUCCGGAAAGCCAUUUUCCUUUCCUAAAAUGAUUCAAGAAUCUGGUUGGAUGGGACUGUAUGAUGGAAUCUCGGCUGGAGUAUUACGACAAGUAUUUUACGCGACAUCUCGCUUUGGCUUAUUUGAAACCUUCCGGGAUAAACUCCACGAAUAUCGUGGCAAAACGGAUUUCGGCGCGCGUAUCGUGGUAGGCGCCACAACGGGAGGCAUCGCCGCAUACCUAUCCUGCCCCAUGGAAGUUGCUGUCGUCCGAAUGUCCAACGAUUCGACCCUACCCAUGGAAGAACGGCGAAAUUACAAGAAUGUCUUCGACACCGCGUCACGGGUCAUCAAAGAAGAGGGGCCCUUGGCGUUUUGGCGGGGUUCCAAUCCGUUCGUCAUACGGGCAAUGAUGGUGGGUGUCUUUCAAGUUGCCACGUUGGACCAGUUCAAGGAUCUGUACGAGCAUUACCUCAAUCAACGCCGAAACUCGAUCACCAACGUAUUUUCUGCCGCCAUGACUAGCGGUCUCAUCUAUGCGCUCGCCACCAUGCCCUUGGAAGCUUGCAAGAAUCGCAUGGCGAGUCAAAAAGCGGACAAGAUCACCGGAAAGCUUCCGUACAAGACUAUUUUGCAAACACUCCGCAAAGUCAGUGCCGACGAAGGCUUUUUAGCACUUUACAAUGGAUUUUUGCCCUACUACAUUCGCUGCGGGGGACACACCGUGUCCAUGUUUAUCAUUGUUCAGAUACUACGGGACUCCUACAUGCAGUACGCGUUGUAG